GCUCCAACCACCACCGUCACUGCCAUUACACCCACCAUCGCUAUUCCAUCGCUUUUUGCACCCCACCCAGCUCUAAUAGACAAUUCCGGAUUUACGUUUUACUGAGUUUUCGUUUUGACUUGAAUUGUUUCUCGGUUUUCGCCCUCUAAACUCCGCCAAGAUGUCGCUCGAAGCAACCAUGAUCGUUGUGGACAACAGCGAAAGUAGCAGAAAUGGAGAUUAUACCUCGACACGAUGGCAAGCCCAGGUCGAUGCCGUCAGCGUCAUCCACAGCGCCAAGAUGCGCGUACAUCCUCAGUCGGCCGUUGGACUCAUGAGCAUGGGCGGAAAAGGCCCCGAGGUCCUCUCGACAUUCACAUCCGACUUUGGUAGCAUUCUGUCAGGUCUGCACCGGACUAAGAUUCAUGGCACUCCUCAUCUUAGCUCCAGCAUACAGGUGGCUGGUCUUGCCCUGAAGCACCGUUCCGAAAAGUCCCAGCGCCAACGCAUCAUCGUGUUCUCCUGCUCUCCGAUCGAAGAAGACGAGAAGACAUUGGUGAAGCUGGCCAAGAAGAUGAAGAAGAACAACGUUUCGAUCGACGUGAUUGCCUUUGGAGACCUCGAAUCCGACCAGACCAAGAAGUUGGAGGCUUUCGUCGAGAACGUCAAGGGUGGCGACGGCUCCAACCUCGCCAUCAUCCCUCCCGGCCCAAACCUGCUUAGUGAAGAGCUCCAGGUCUCGCCCAUCUUGGGCGGCGACGGUGCUGGUGCUGAAGGCGGUGCAGGAGGAGACGGUGGUGAGGGCGGUGGCUUUGGAUUUGAGGAUGCGGCCGAGAACGACCCCGAGCUUGCGUUCGCUCUCCGGUUAUCUCUGGAGGAAGAGAAGAACCGACAGGAGAAAGAGAAGCGGGAUCAGGAGGAGCAAGAAGGCAAAUCUUUGCUGGACAACAUUCCCGAGGAGGGAGGUAGCGGAAGUAAAGACAAGAAAGAGGACGGAGACAAGAUGGAUACCGCCUAA